GUACCACCCACUCCCCCCCGACCAGGAAGUAGUGUUGGAAGAAUGACGUCACAGGGAGUUCUACUCAGCUGAAACCGCUACUCAACAACUUCACUCCGACCCACACGGUGACGAACUCGGGUAGGCUGUGACAGACGUCCGCCACAGUCCGGACAUUACCAUGAGCAUGAGGGCGCAACUUCUAUGACCGCUUUUGGUGUUGCUGUACGCGGCCUCCCUUUGGCCCUGUCAUCUAUGAAGCGUGCUGCUAACUUGGACUCGCGCUUCCACCCCAAAUGGCGUGCAGUCGCUGUGGUGGCUCUGCUGGCUGUUGUGCUCAUGUUGUACCUGCACUGGCCAGUAGGGGGCGGACCAGCUCCUUUGGGUGGUUCCUCCCGUAAUAGUUUGCAACUCUACCAGAGUCACGACAACUUGUUCAGGGAAGCUAAAGCACAAGCAAGGCAAAGUAUUUCCCGAUGCCAUAAAGGGGGUAAACCUUACAACGACACAUACCCUCUUAGUCCACCUGUGAAGACAAAGAACGGCAUCAGGUACUCCAUAGGAGUCAUUGCGGACCUGGAUACUGCGUCACGGAGCUCCAAGGACCAGACGUGGUUCAGCUACAUGAAAAGGGGUCAUGUGACUGUUUCACCAAGUGCAGACAGAGUGGAUGUGGAAUGGGAUGAGGAGACGAUCACGCUGGAGACUCAUCUGGCAGAGAAAGGACGAGGUAUGGAACUGUCUGAACUGGUGGUCUUUAACGGUCAUCUGUACAGCGUGGACGAUCGCACAGGUGUGGUGUACAGGAUCCAGGGCAGGCAGGCAAUCCCUUGGGUCAUACUGCCUGAUGGGGAUGGAUCCGUUUCUAAAGGCUUUAAGGCAGAGUGGCUUGCAGUGAAAGACGAGUGCCUAUACGUUGGCGGUCUUGGAAAGGAGUGGACCACCACCUCUGGCGAGGUAGUGAACGACCAUCCAGAGUGGGUGAAGGUUGUUGGCUACCACGGUGAUACGGAGCACGAGGACUGGGUGCCGCACUACAACGCCCUGCGCAGCGCGGCGGGUAUCAAGCCACCAGGCUACCUUAUCCAUGAAUCGGCAGCAUGGAGCGAGCGGCUCCAGCGCUGGUUCUUCCUGCCUCGCCGUGCCAGUCACGAGCGCUAUGAUGAGACGGCGGACGAGCGACGCUCUACCAACCUCCUGCUGUCCUGCCAGGCAGACUUCAGCGACAUAACGGCGCAACGGGUUGGUCCUUUCAAUCCCACCCACGGCUUUUCCUCAUUCAAAUUUGUUCCGGACACAGAUGACCAGAUUAUUCUGGCCCUGAAAUCGGAAGAGGAUGGUGGGAAGAUCGCCUCCUACAUGAUUGCCUUUACCCUCGACGGUCGGGUCCUGAUGCCCGAGACCAAGAUAGGUGAUGUGAAGUAUGAAGGACUGGAGUUCAUAUAACAUUAUUUAACAGAAAAGCACAAGUGUCCCCGAUAAUUUAGAAUGCAACUUCCAGUCCAAUGUGCAUAUUGUAUAUACAUACUAUAUUAUGUAUAUCCAAUAUAUAUCACUCGUGAUAUUAUACAUACUAUAAACUCUGCUGGUCAGACUCUCAGGUGGACACAUUCAAAUAUGCAAAUUACUUAACGUACCAAUUCACUUUUUAAAGGCCACCUUUUCAUAUUUAUGCAGACAAGAUUACCAAACCAUACAAUACUGACUCAAAGAGCUAUUUUAUUUAAACAUAGAUGAUUAAUAUAUGAAAUAUUAUGUAUCUUAAACUGAAUAAAUUAAUCCACAAUGUUUCAAUGUUGUUUAAUGGCUUCCUUUAAGUCCACUAUCAAAUGUCAAUGGAACAGAUUAAUAAUGUAUUUAUUGAAUUAGAAAAUGUAUAUUGUAUUCAAAGUAUGUCAUGUAUUACUGUAAAGAAUGCAGUGGAAGUGUUUCAUUGCAAGAACGGGCGUCAUUUCUGUGAGUUUACAGGCUCGUCCCCAGGGCGAUGACGUCUUGCGGGAGACCGGCCAUUUUGAUGGGGUUGAAGGAUCCCAGUUUAGCGUAGAAGUCGAGCAUCCUCCUUUCACAGUGUCCCAACUCACAGAACACUCCUCUGGAACCUGAAGAGCAGACCCAAACUGUUAUCUUCCUGGGGAGAGUCAUGUGUCCCGGUACUUUUGUUCAUCGACGUACCACUGCUUUUGAUGGUGGACAGCAGCUGUCCAAUCAUGUGCUUUGCCGGCAAUGGAUCGCUGACCCUUGGCAGCACUUGUCCAGUGACUAAUGACGGGAAUUCCUCUAAUCCAGGAUGACCGGUGUCCCUCUGGAGGAUGAGAGCACACUGAGGAGAUGGGGAGAUGUCCCCCCUUGACAGCCUGCAAAGGACACAAGACGAUCCAAUCAGGAUGGUAAUAGGACAGAAGAGGAAGGUCUCCGGUUCUCCCAGAUGCUGGAACACUUCAUUGGUGAUGGCCACCUGAGCGUGGGCGAAGGAGCUGAACGCUUGCUUGUCAGUGGGGCACAUUUCCGUCUCGAUGUCGUCGAACAGUAACGAGAAGGAGGUGCAGCCGAAGUCUCGGACCUGACGAUAAACGUCAACGUGAGUGCUUGACGCAUCAGUUGCGUACCGCCGAUUACUGAGGAAGCCUUCCAGGCAAAAGGGACGGCACGACUUGGACCCAACCAGCAGAGGUACUGUUGCUAAGUUGCUAUUUAGGCUAUGUUCACACUGCAGCAGGAGUCUGUAUUUUCUUAACCAAAUCAUACAGUGGAGGAGAUUAACAAGAAAGCUUGUGGAGAUCUCGCUCCGAGGAGCGUGUGGGUUGGCAGGAGUGGUGGGACGUUGCCGUGAGCCGUUUCUUGACACGUCACCCGAAUUUUUUUUUUCUUUGAAAUUAGCCUACAUUAGCGAGUACCUUUGCCCAAAUCUCACACAAAGUGAAUCAAGACUUUGGAUCAAAUAAUCAAAAAGAUUGUUUGCGCCGUGUACACUAGAUGCCUGAGAUGCCUGCUGGCCUACUUGUCGUGUUUUUUUACCUGCUAAAGAUCCUAAGUCCUACCUGAUCCAGUUUCCUCUUAAGGGCAGCGACUUCUUUACGGUUGGAGAAAGUCAUGUCCAGGCCAGGGGAGAUUGCAUAGACGAAGUCAACGUUGUGCUGCUUUGCUGCUGUUAUUAAUGCAAUGAGUUGUUCUGCACACAAGAGGAUAAAAAGAAUAUUUGCUAUAAAUCAUAAUAUCUACUUUAUUGUAGCCUAAUACAAUGAGAUGAGAUUUUGCGUUUGUAAUAUUUUGAAAUGAUAAACACUCCAAACGAUAACCACAAUAAACACCCCCCGUUUAGACUAUAAAGCAUAUUUGUCAUGACACUCUUAAGGGGUCAAUGAUCAAACAAACAGAGCCUAGAUUGAGCAGCGAUAGGACAUUGAUGACCUACAAUACAAUAGUCAAUCCUCCCAUCUAUAAAGAUAGAGAUACGCCCAAACUUUCCGGUGACAGUUUAGAGAUAAGCUGUCUUAGUUUUAUACAGCUCAGCAAUUAAAGUUAUACAACAAUAUCAUCACCGUCCAGUUAAAAGGGAUUUAGUUUGCAUGCGGAAAAUGUAAACAUUAAUAUGACGCACUAGGGUAAUUUGUUUGUAUUAGGGCUGUCAAAUUAUGAACCAUUUUAAUCAGAUUAAUCAGCAAAACCAAUCUCCUCCAUCCAACCCUGUCUUCUGCAUGUCUCUCUCAAACCAACUACCCUCAUGUCCUCCUUUUACUUCAUCCAUAAAGCUCCUCUUUGGUCUUCCUCUACGCCUCCUACCUGGCAGCAUCCUUCUACCAAUAUAUUCACUAGCUCUCCUCCAAACCGUCUCAGUCUGGCCUAAAGGACUUUAUCUCCAAGGCCUCUAACAUGUAAUGUCCCUCUGAUGUACUCCUUCCUGAUCCUAUCCAUCCUGGUCACUCCCAAUGAGAACCUCAGCAUCCUCAUCUCUGCUACCUCCGGUUCUGCUUCCUGUCUUUUCCUCAGUGGCACUAGUGUCUCUAGACCAAACAACACGGCUGGUCUCACCAUAGUUUUGUAUACCGUAGUUUUUAAUAUGAAUUAAUUUGUAUUAAUCACCAAAAAAUUGCCCGUUUUUACCAUAUGUAAUGAACCGACAGAUAAAUGACGGGACCAAAAGAACCGAAUGUGUCAAUCAAGCUAAAAGAUGGCACAGCAUUUAUUUGUCUAAUACUUAGUCUCUUACUCAUUCGCUACCAUUCAGGUAUUUACAUGGUUUUUUGUCAACCAGUUCGCUCCCAAAGAUGUGUAUUUUGAACGAAGAGGUGAUGAUGCAACUCCACACUAGAGAAGAGCAUGUUUGAUGUAAUUUUAAGACGUAUGUUUUGUUGUUUUUUUUUAACAUUGUAUAAGAGCUUGGCAUGCAUCUCUGCCAAGAUUUCUCUUGAAAUGCGUCGUCCACAACAACAAGGCACGUAGGACGUUAGGCAUAAAACCAUAUGCACCAUAUCAACUAAUAAUUACGUACAGGAGAUGUGGUGGUACAGGGUACAGCCAUUGCGCGGCACCUGACAAACAACGGUUUAACACUCACCCGCCUCCUCAGGAGAGUACAGGUCUCGCCAGUACAUGCGGUGUUUGUAGUCGUCUUUGGGGGCGUACAGGUAUGUGUUCAAACCCCACUUUUGUUCCCUGAGAAAGGCAGACGUGCAUCGAUCACAUCGGAUCACCUCUCACAGGAAAUAGUUUAAAAAGUGUAAUACAACAUGAUGCCACACAUGAAACUGCUCUCCUGUCCAUUUCCAUUUUGAUAUUUUCCAAUUUUUUAAACAAAUACAGUGUAGCUAAGAAGUUCCUACAUAAUCAAAGAAAAAAAAAAGCAUGUCAAGUUGUCAACAUUUCUUUUUCUCAUAAACGUAUACCUUUUUGCAAUUUUUGGACACAUUUUAGCCGUCUUUCUCCUCAUAAUUUUUUUUAGAAUGUGCCACGGGGCCAGUAAAACGAGCUCCAGGCCGCACAUUGGGCACCCCUGUUUUACGACAUCUCUGGUUACGGUCCAGCAGCAGUUAUUAGAGCAACAAUAGGGUCACAAACCUUUUAAAAAGCUCUGUUCUCUGCUCCAUAGUCCAGGGUCGCCCAUAAAACCCUGCAACAAACAAAGGUUGGAUUAAAGGUGACGUCGAAGCAAACCAAGCUAGUAGAAAUAAUCACGUCGCAUCGUUAAAGUAAAUUUGAGUUAAUGUUAGUAUGUGAUGUACUGUUUUAUAGCUAUUGUUAUUGUUGUAUUGUUUUCAUACAUUUGAGGUUUUUUGUUAUGUUCCCAGGAAUAUUUGUUGUUAGCCUACAGGAUUAGUGCUGUUAGUAUCAAAACUGCAUCAUAAUUAACAUUUCUUUUUCAUUUUAUUACUAUUUUAUUACUAUGUGCCACAGGCCAAAAGAACAAGCUGCGUGACAUUAAUGGCCCCCGGGCGGCAAGUUGGACACCACUGCUUUAACACCAAGCCUCUACUGCAGGGGUGUCCAAACCUUUUCCAGAGAGGACCACAUUUUAAAAAAAAACAUAAUAGUAUCUAAUUAAUAAUGAAAUUAUUCUAUUUUUGCAAUAUGCAGAGGGCCAAAAAAACACGAGUUGCGGGCUAAAAAUGACCCCCGGUCCGCACUUUGGACACCCGAGUUAUAUUGUUAUCCACUCCCACUCAACAACAACCCAACCCCGGUUUCUCACCUUCGACUACGCCGCUGAUGAACCGCUUGGUCCCAGUCUGUCGUUUGUCUUGAACUUCGACGGAGGCCGCCAUGGUGGUCCGUCAGGUGGAGCGGUGUCGCGGUUUGGUUGACUUUUCUUGGCGUAUUCGGGAAGCUAACGCUCCUACUGUCCGUCAUGGCAGCGUGAAAGCGUCAUUUAAAUAUGAGCUCUCACGCCUGCGCACAAACAUGCAGUGACGUAACAUGAGGGUGACAAGCUCGUCUGGAGUAGUUAAUAUUUAGAGCAUAAAGUGCAUACAAUUAACUUAGCUUAACGAUCGAGUGCUGGUCAAUGAGUGACUAGCAGGGCUGAACUUCACCUGCUGCCGGGUGAAAUGUUUAAAGAGACAGUGUACCCGCGUCUUAAAGGCGCAGAUCACCGGAAAUGUUCAUUUCCUUGCUCAUUUGGUAAGAAAUAUAGUGAUCCAAUGUUAUCCAAAUGUUAUUUUUAAUGGUGAUUGAAAAAAAAUCAUUUUUUUUUUCUAUCGAUGCAAUACUAAGUACUGGAAAAUACAGGGGCAGUAUUAUUGCUGAUACUGAUCAUUUUCAAGCUGUGCUUUUAAUUUUUGGAUUAUGAUUCUCAUUAGGAUAAAACACCAGGCAACUUCAGGCAAAUAAAGUUAUGUAUGAAAAAUUUAAGAAUAUAUAAAUAUAAAAAUAACCACGAGAACUGAAACAUUUUGAUGUCAUAACAAUAUGUAGUAUGAAUCUGCCCAUCCGAGAUUUUGUCCACUAAACCUAAUCCACCCCGGGUGGCACCCAAAGAUAUUGUUUAGACCUUUAGCUUAUUGUAAAAAUAAAAUUAAUUCAUUACUAAUCAAACGUAUUAUUAGAUAUUACACUCUUUAGCUUUUUUCUUGUAUGUACAAAUGUAUCAAAGUGGCCCCAUGUAUCCAUCAAAAAGGUAAAUACACUGUACUACAAUAUUGUAAACCACCUAACAGCAACGUACUAGCAUGUGUACACUGGAAAAAAUCCAAAUAGAAACUUAGCGCUGACUUAAUGUAUGCAAGGAAUGAUUAAAAAAAAAAAAAAACAGCUUACCAAUGUUAAAGACCAAAAUUGAAAAUACAGCACAAAGUGUGUGAAUUUUGCCAUACAAAAGAAAGCUUUUAUUUUCCAUACAGACAAUUUCCAAUUAUGGAAUGCAACAAAGGUUUUGAGUAGGUUCCACUAAAAAUCCAUGCUGUGAUUGGUGCGAUGCACAAGUGAUAAAGUAUGUAAGGGGAAAAAAGUAAACAUUACAAUGUGUGCUACAUAAAAUGCGAGCAAAGUGCUCUUGAGGUUGACGACGUUCUCGCUUCUUUUCUUCUCCGCUACCUCCGUCCUCUUUGGGCUCGUUUCAGUAACGAAUCAAAGUCAAGCUCCUGAAACCUGCUCUUCGCUGGAGACGGGUCUGCAUCCCCGCUUGCAUCUGAGGAACAGAAGUUGAACAGAUGAAUAAACUUAAAUGGUAACUACUUGAAUGUCAUUUAAGUCAUGCCAUUCGAAAUCUCAACAUUUUUGAGAAAUUAUAUAUAUAUUAUAUUAUAAAAAAAACACUUGACAAUAGCAAAUUAGCCUCCAAGGAUGAACUCUGUUCUGUUUUGUUGCUGCUUUGAGGACAGCCUCAACAAGGAUUGUUAAGAGAAACUUUCCAAAUUCCAUUAUUCCAUUAUUAUUGUGUCUAUUAUGAGUUCAUCUAAACCUGCAGUAAAAGCUGUUGGAAGUCAGGUGCUUUGGUGAUGACCUCACCGGACAAUUACUGACACCUAGUGACCAAUGUAGGAUACCACAUGGACAAGUGACCAGUUUUGGAUUUUAUGUUCUAUUUCUGUUAUUUCCCAUGGGAAAUUUUCUUUAAAAUUAGAAAUUUUCUUUAAAAUUAAUAUCUAUUUUACUAUUUUAUUUCUUAAAUGAUCUUUUAGUUUUGGAUUCAAUUCAAUUUGUACCUUUUUAUUUAUUGUAUUUUAUUUUUACUUUUUAUUUUACUAGUCUGUGCAGCACAUGGAAACUAUAAAACUAUAAAAGUGGAUUGGAUUAAAAUUUGAAGUAAUCAUUAGUUGAGGUUCCGUCAGUGGCUGUGGUCAAGCGUGACCUCUCACCUAGAUCUGCAUAAUUGGAAUUACAAAACUGUCGUCUUCCACCAAAGCAGAUGUCGAAGGGCAGCUCAUCUGGCCUUCUUAAUUUCCCUCCAUUAUCAAUGGCUGCGAAGGCGUCCUCCAUGUUGUAGAAUGUGACAAAGCCAUAAUGGUCACUGUGGAAUCCAAAAUGGAGAAUUGUGAUGAUGGCACACAGAGAAAUACUGUCUUGCUGUGUAUCUACCCUUUAUCUCUAAAGUGCAGCGACACACACUCCACCUCCCCAAACUGAGAAAAGCGCUCCCUCAGUUCAUCAUGUGUCAUGGAUCUGCGGAUGCGGCCGACGUAGACCACUCGGCGCUCAUCCUACGGAAGAGGAUUUUAGACGCGGCUAAUCAAUUUCAGCACAGCUAACAAACACUAAAACGUGCCGACAGUAAUGUACUCACCAUCGCUUUUAACUUCUGAAUCCUCUCCUCCUUCUCCCUCUUCAGCUUGCGGGACUCCCUGUUGAAGAUGUCGUCGUUUUUAACGUCUGACUGCAAGUGUUAAAAAUUCCCAUUUGCAGACUGACCUGUAAACGUUACUCCUGUGGUUACGACAAGUCCUCGAGAAAGGAGACGGGGACCUGGACCUGGAUCGAGACCACGAUGGGGAUCUUGACCUGCUGUAUCUUAAACGCGUAGAAGGCAGCCUGUGCCGGGGAGGCGGGGAGCGGGAGACGGAGCGAGAAGGGGAUGAUGACCAUGACCUGCUGCCUGAGCGCUUGCGGCCGACCCUGCGCACACACACACAGGGGCAGACAUAUUGGAAAUGACUUCAACCAAGAGAGGAACUAAACAUGACUACCUUUGUCUUUUGGGGGAGCAGGAUGCUGAACUGGAGGAUGAUGAAGAGGAACGGGAGCUGUCCGAGAGAGGUGAUCUUCUCCGAUACCUUCUCUUCUCUCGUCCUCUGCUUGGGGGGCUGGGUGGAGGUGUCAGUGGAGUACAUGAAGGAGCACCUCCGUCCAGCAGAUCUGUGCACGUGGAUGAAGAUGGCUGGUAUAUCGCAGAAGCUUGUUUGUAUUCAACAGAGGAGGUGGUCUCUUCAACUUGAUGAAUAUUCCUGAGAAGAGUGGACGAGGCUUGUGUAUGCAAAAGAUCCGCAGGCAUGCAGUAGUCAUGAUCUGCAGCCACUGAAGAACACGUGUGAGGAGAUGCAGCAAGGUCUGAAUUGUUAGUCCUUCUGGCCAGCAGAGGGCGCGGCUCAAUGAUCUGAAUGGUCUUGGAUGGAGGAGUUUUCCGUCUUCCAGUGAGAGCUUCCUGAGUGCUGAGGAUGAUUUCAGUGCCGAGGGGUUCGGGGAUGACCACGUCUUCCAACUGGGGAUCCGGCAAAGUCGUGGCAGUUUUUGGUAAUCUUGGGUAUGAAACGUUGACAGGUUCACAUUCCUUAUGAACGGCAUUCCCAGUGUUGCCCGUGUGCUCACGUUCAGGAUGUGGCUCACCCUCUUUAGCUGCGGAACAAACAACAACGACAGGUCAGAUGUGAGCGUUAGUAUUUGUACACUAAUUAUUCUGUUCAAAAUUGGGGGCUUCACUUUUUUGAGCACCAAUUUAGCCUUUAAUCUAUUAGGAAAUCUGACAUAAAUGAAUUAAAAACUUUAAGUCCGUGAACAUGUGACUCGCUUGAGGAGUUGAGGAGUGUAAAAAUACAGUACACAGGAUAAAGCUAGUUUUGUAACGUCCGCCCGGACGUUGUAAGAAUGACCGAAUGGUGCCAAAACAUCAUCAGCAAAAUCAAGUUGUCUCUACAGUAUCCUUGAACAUGUUGAAGGAUUUGCUCCUAUGAAAGCAGUAAUAACUUCACAGUGUAGCGGUAUUAUUAUUAUUAUUAUUACAGUAAACCUCGGAUAUAUCGGACUCGGAUAUAUCGGAAAUUCGCUCACAACGGACAGAUAAAAAAGAACCAAUUUUUCUGUAAUGCAUUUCCAAUCAAAAUUCAUUGCAUAUAUCGGAUUUUUUAUAACGGAUUUCGCCUAUUUCGGACAAAAUCUCCAGUCCCGUUCCAAUGCAUUUCCAUGAAAUUUCCCUCGCAUAUAUCGGAUGGCCGCAUCGUGGCGCUCCGAUUCGCCGAAUCGUGACAGGCCGCUAUACGACGUCAUUUGCAGCGUUUGCAGCGUUGCCUGCGCGUCCAGGUACAUUGGAAACAUAGUCAAGGAAGUGCCUUUUUAUAACGGAUAAAAUCCCAUUUACGCAUAUACCGGAUAUAAAUCCGAUAUAUGCGUAAAACGGACAUUUUCCGGUAUACGCAUAUAACGGAUUUCGCUAAUAUCGGACAAAACCAGUGGGAACAAUUGAAUCCGAUAUAUCCGAGGUUUACUGUAUUAUUAUUAUUACUAUUAUUGAGAUGGAAGGGUUGCUAGUGCUUUGGAUUUUAUUCUGUAAUACUUUUUAUUAUACUUUAUAACCAUUUUUUUUAUCUUGAAUUGUGUGUUUUAUUAUUGUAUUUUAUGUCCUUUGUUUUUUCUGUAUCCAGUGUGAGUGUUUGAGGGGUUAAUUUCGCUAUAAUUUGGGAAUAAGAGCCGACUUACAUCAAAACUCAACUUCCAUCAUCACUGUCUAGGACCCGAAUCAAUCAAUAGCAAAAAAAUAAAAAAUAGUUGUUAAUGAAGCCUACACAAGAGUUGCCAGUACGGUAUGAAAAGUUCAGAUUUAAAUGAAUAAUAAUAGUAAUAAAGUGAUGAGUCGGUGCUUCAAUCGCUCACCUUGUUUCUCCUCAAACUGUUCCAACAAGCUGGUAAGAUCAGACGCCUCUAUCCCUGUCAUGAAAACAGACAAACAAUCGGUCAUUGUUUUUAGCGAUGACUUGUUUUGAAAGUUUAUUUUCCUGUACCUGACACAGCUGGAGUUGUUUUCUCUGUCAUUUCAAGCUGCAGUGACCGUAGCGUGCGGCGAACCUCUAACUCCUCCUUAACGGGCUGACUGCAACACGAUGGCGUGGCUUCACAAGUCAACGCAUCUGGAUUUGAUAACGGAGCCAUCUCGGGAACAACAACAACAACAUCAUGUGGUUUCCUGGAUUGGGUUUGAAGCAUGACGGGGCACGGUUUGGUUUUCUCACUGUGCUCGCUCACAACUCCCUGACAUGACUGAGGUUCACCAGGAGAUGUUGGUGCUGCGGGUUCAAUGUAGGACACUGGUGAGUGAGGACUGGAUGAGGAUGGGGGGCGUGGAACAGAUAAGGGGAGUAACACCGGGUUUGGGGGAUCUGUGGUGGUCAGUGUUGGAUUGUGUACUUUAUGACUUUUUUUGCUUCCAGGUCCACAAACAGCGGUGUCAGUGCGCUGGUCUGGAAGUGGACUAUGAGGUGAGAAGGUUUCAGUUUGCAGAGAUUUGAAUCCACGACACCGAACGGAAAAUGGCGGCGCGUUGGGAGUAGCUCUUUGGGGUUGAGAAGUGCUGAGUCUGCGCCAGUCGGGGUGAUGGAGUUUAGACUUGAGCCCGCAGAGGUUCUGAGUCUCUCCAUGUGAGCAGAGAAUCGGGGUCAGUUCUUUGGGGAGCUCUGGAAGC